UUACAAGGACUUUAUGUUUGGCACUUUUAUUUGUGGCAUGGGCGAUAAAUGAUGUUACGGGACAACAAAACCAGCACAUUAAUACUAUACGAAAUCAAAUAAAAAGAUGUAACCUUUUGAGGUGGGAAAAAAUUUGCAGCAAACAAAACCGGGCCGUCGAAUGUCCACCACGACAGUGGCUAAGACGCUGUGAAAGGCAGCAUCAGCAAACAUGUCGAAAGCUUACUGGUCGGCCGUGCCCAGUAAUUGUUCAAGAGACCGUAUUACUCCCUCAUAUCAUAUUAAUUAACAACAGCGCCUCCCUGCCUCCUCCCAAGCCGGAUAGGGUACUGAACGUCCACUGGUUCAUGACCAGCUCCACGAAAGAAAAUGUGUUCUUCUCUCACACAGCUCUGCAGCUCGCCUUCAAGAUGUUAAGGCAGAUUACUAAUGGUGCAACUUCCUCAGAAAUAGAAACUGCUCUGCAAGUGGACCGCUAUGACAGCCAGCAGCUUACGGGGCAGCCAACUGAAGGAUAUAUGAUUGGUAUUUUCAAUGGUAUCUUUCUGAAAAGCCCCGCAAAGUCAUUCAAAAGAAACAUAAAUAGUCGAUUGGGUUCGAUUGAAGCAAUAGACCAGGAACACUUCCCACAACAGCUGAAAUUUAUCAAUAGUCGUAUUGCUCGGGAAACAGAUAACAAAAUAAUCGAUCCAGUGCAUAUUGAAGAUUACAUUGAAUUGGAUAAGCCCAAUAAAGUUGUUUCGAUCAAUGCGGCUGUUCUAAGUGCCCAAUGGGAGUUCCCAUUCCAAUCACAAAAGACUAAACCUAGAGAAUUUUACGGCAUUGAAAAGCAGCUGAUUGACUUUAUGCAAUUCGACAAGAUCCGGCUUCCGUACGCCAACUUGGAAAGCCAGAAAAUAGAUGCGCAAAUGUUGCUAAUGCCAUUCCUUCGCACCACCCGCAAUCUUAAAAUGAUGAUUCUUUUGCCCUCAAAGAAGAGUAACCCUGCAGUUAUUGUAUCGGGUCAAAUGGCAUUCUUUGGCAAAAGUUUGGUACAAAUAGCCAAACUCGCCAAAUACACGGACCUAGAGGUUCAAAUACCGAAAUUCGAAUACAAAUGCGAUGUUGAAUUAGUGCCGGACAUACUCGACGAUUUGAAUAUACGAAACAUUUAUCAGGAAGGCAAAGCUGAUUUUAGCCCAAUAUCCGAAAGUCCAAACCUUGCCCUCUCUAGUAUGAGGCAUAUAACCUACAUUCAAUUCAAUGAACACGGCAUAAACAUCGAUAAUGCGAAGAAGCAAACACUUAAUGAUGUGGCAAGCUUGGGUGGUAGCAUCAUUCAAUUCCAUGCCAAUCGUCCUUUCUUCUUCGCCAUACUGGACGAUAAUGAAAUUUAUUUCACAGGCCAAUUCGAGAAUUCCAGUUAAAUUUGAGAAUCAAACUAACGGUUCUUCAAGAAAAACACCGUUAAUUUUUUUUUAAUUUUCAGGCAAAGCUAGGUGUUUAGUUGGGAGAAAUAAAUCGUUGAAU